AUUCGGUUUCGCACUUUGAACUUUUCAUCAUGCCUGAACCAGCAAAGACCGCACCCAAGAAGGGCUCCAAGAAAGCCGUCACCAAGACCGCCGGUAAAGGUGGAAAGAAGCGCAAGAGGACCAGGAAGGAGAGCUAUGCUAUCUACGUCUACAAGGUGUUGAAGCAGGUCCAUCCCGACACCGGGAUCUCCUCCAAGGCGAUGGGCAUCAUGAACUCGUUCGUCAACGACAUCUUCGAGCGCAUCGCCGGUGAGGCGUCUCGUCUCGCUCACUACAACAAGCGCUCCACCAUCACUUCCAGAGAGAUCCAGACCGCUGUGCGUCUGCUGCUGCCCGGAGAGCUGGCCAAACACGCCGUGUCUGAGGGCACAAAGGCCGUCACCAAGUACACCAGCUCCAAGUAAAAUUUGAAUUAACUUCAACCCCAAAGGCUCUUUUAAGAGCCACUCAUAUUUUCGAAAUAAGAGUUUCAAAUUUUCCCAAAUUUUUUAUUUUUUUUUUCCCCCUCCAUUAAGUUUUACUGUAUUCGGUUAGACGCUUAAAAGUUAAUGAUAAUUAGACCAUAUUUUAUUAACCACGUUUCUAUCUUUUUUGAGGUUCACUUAAUUUGAAUUUUUCAGUAGAAAAUACAAAUUUUGGGCAUACAGGUCUAGAAAACUUGAAGCACAGACAGUUGCAGGACAUUGACUUUGAAAUUCAUGGGAAUACUUUAUCAGAUUUUUUCCACAAGAGAAACUCCUGAAUGAACACUCAAAAUUGAAUAAACAACACUUUAUCUCACCCUCAUGUCAUCUAAACCGGUUUUCUGCUGUUGAUGGAUUCUUUGCAUGUUUUAAAUACCUAAAGCACAGACACUAUCUUUGAUGCUUUGGCACAUGGUUAACAUUUUAUGUGGUGAGAUUUAAUUACAGACAAAGUUAAUGAGCUUACAUUACACAAUGUGUAAAUACAAAAACAUGCAUGUAUAGUUUUGUUAAUUUAAUUGACUAUGUUGAAGAAAAGAAACUCAUAUUUGAAAUUUCAAGCCGAUAGAGAUAAUGCACGAUUAAAAAUUAAGAAGUUUGUGAAAAUGAUUUACAACAGUCAAGUUUCUGUGAGUUUAUUUAAAAAUAAUGUUACAAAACUUAAUCUUGUAUUCAUGACAAAUACGAAUGUAACGUUUCUUUUAUAUAUGCAUCUUAUAAAAUGUAACAACUCCAUUCUCAUAUUAAAAUAUUUUUAAAAUGCAUAC